AUGGCAAAAGUAUCCAGCCCUACGGAGACUGAACGAUGCAUCGAGUCUCUGAUUGCUGUUUUCCAAAAGCAUGCUGGAAGGGAUGGUAACAACAGCAAACUCUCCAAGGCCGAGUUCCUAAUCUUCAUGAAUACAGAGCUGGGUGCCUUCACAAAGAACCAGAAGGACCCUGGUGUCCUUGACCACAUGAUGAAGAGAUUGGACCUCAACUCUGAUGGGCAGCUAGAUUUCCAAGAAUUUCUUAAUCUUAUUGGUGGCCUGGCCAUUGCUUGCCAUGAAUCCUUUAUUAAGUCCGCCUCUGGCCCGAAGUAA